AUGAGUGCAAACGAGAGCCAUAACCACCACCAAAUCUUUGAUGUCUCCAUCAAUGUCCCUCCUCAGAUUGGUUCCAAGUGUUUUGACGAUGAUGGCCGCCUCAAACGAACCGGAACUAUUUGGACUGCAAGUGCUCACAUAAUAACUGCUGUAAUUGGUUCUGGAGUUCUGUCCUUGGCCUGGGCUACUGCACAGCUUGGAUGGAUAGCAGCAUGUUAUCGGUGUGGGGAUCCCGAUAACGGGGAAAGAAAUUACACGUAUAUGGAAGCUGUCCGAGCCAACCUCGGAGGAUUCCAGGUUAAAGUUUGUGGAGCAAUUCAGUACUUGAAUCUUUUUGGAGUGGCUAUUGGUUACACGAUUGCGGCAUCUAUAAGUAUGAUGGCAAUUGAAAGGUCUAAUUGCCUUGGAAUUGCAAAAGUUGCAGAAACUGGAAAAAUUAGGGGAAGUCUAACUGGAAUAAGCAUAGGCACAGUGACUGAAAUGGACAAGAUAUGGAGAAGUUUUCAAGCACUUGGAGCCAUAGCUUUUGCUUAUUCUUACUCCCUUAUCCUUAUUGAAAUUCAGGAUACAAUAAAGUCCCCACCAUCACAAUACAAGACAAUGAAAAAGGCCACUCUAUUGAGUGUAGCAAUCUUCAUCACCUUCACAGCAAUACCAGUUGAAGGUGUGAACCCUACUCCCCAAAAUCAUAAUUCCAACAUUGUCUCCAUGCCCUACUCGACUACGUGUGAAAGGGGUUUUGAAGAAGGCCACAUGCAGGGACCGCAAGGAGAUAUGGAGGAUGACAUAGACUUCAAUGAUUCAGAGAACGACAUAUCGCCCGGAGAUAAUGAUAUGUUGUUCGAGAAAAAUGUAUGA